AAAAAACCGCCCUCGUCAUUGUUUUUGAAAACAUGUAACGACAUGAACCUCAAACGGCAAUAUUAUUUCUGUUGUUGAAGCCUAGAAAUCGUGUUGAGACUGAGAUUAUACGACUUGUUUAUUUUUGUUGUAUUUCGGAUAAAGCAGCGAUUGGAAUACGGAAUGGGCAGCUGACCUGCGAUAUUUAUAUUUAGAGCCUGACAAAUUAACACAAUCCGAACCGUUGUUUCACCAGUUGCAGAGCAAACUGAUUCAAAAACACAAAACAGGAUGGAAAAUGGAGAUGGGUCGGCCAAAGAGGAGAACCUCCUUUCCAGAAUUGCGCUCAAUGACAACAAGGCUGGGAUGGAGGGACUGGACAGGGACAAGAUCAACAGGAUCAUCAUGGAGGCGUCAAAGGGAUCCAGGUUUUACGAGAAUGAGCUGAAGAAAGAGCAGCAGGUGAACCAGCGCAUCGAGAAAAUGAUGCUCCAAAAGGCUCAGAUCACAGAGCAACAGCUACAGAAAGCACAAACACAGGUGGAAAAGAUGGCCUCUGAGCUCGAAAGAAGUCGUGAUCUGAGCAGAGUGAUUGUACAUGUGGACAUGGAUGCCUUCUACGCAGCUGUAGAGAUGAGAGACUGCCCUGAGCUGAAGGACAAACCAAUGGCUGUCGGAUCUAUGAGCAUGCUGUCAACGUCUAAUUACCAUGCCAGGAAAUAUGGAGUCCGAGCAGCCAUGCCUGGCUUCAUUGCAAAGAAACUCUGUCCAGGCCUGGUCAUCGUUCCUCAUAACUUUGACAAAUACAGAGCUGUGAGUGAGGAGAUUAGGGAGGUCUUUGCUGAAUACGACCCUAACUUUCAGCCAAUGAGCCUGGAUGAAGCCUAUUUAGAUUUUACAGAUCACCUGGAGCAGAGGCAGAGUUGGCCCAAGUCCUCACGUACGCACCGCUACAGAUCCAGGAGCAACGUACCAGCUGAUAAGCAGAUGGAACCUGAGCAGAAAGAAGAAGGGACAGAACUGUCCCCGGUCCUGUUUGAGGACAGUCUGAGCUCUUCUGAAGGGGAUGCAGGUGGUCCCUUUGAACUGUUUGGGACAUCUGUUGAGGAGGCUGUGAGAGAGAUGCGCUUCUGCAUUGAGCAGAAGACCACGUUGACUGCCAGCGCAGGAAUUGCUCCGAACAUGAUGCUUGCCAAGGUGUGCAGCGACAAGAACAAGCCCAACGGACAGUACAGACUGCCCCCCAGCAGAGAGGCCGUCAUGGACUUCAUCCAGAAACUUCCUGUUCGCAAAGUUUGCGGCAUUGGGAAGGUGACCGAGAAACUUUUGAAUGCUUUGGGCAUCACCACCUGUUCAGAUCUCAGCAAGCAGAUGGCGCUGUUGUCCUUGUUGUUCUCUGAGACAUCUUGGCAUCAUUUCAUCCAGAUUUCUCUGGGUUUGAGCUCCACACAUAUACCCAGACAUGAAGAAAGAAAAAGCAUGAGCACUGAAAGGACAUUUAAAGAACUGAGUAAAGCUGAGGAGCAGUUUUCUUUAUGCAGAGAGCUGUGUGAGGAUCUGGCAGAGGACCUCAGGAAAGAAGCUCUGAAGGGUAAAACGGUGACUCUGAAGCUCAAGAAUGUGAACUUUGAGGUGAAAACCAGGGCACAGACGCUCCCCUAUGCUGUGGCCACAGCGGAGGACAUCUUUGCUGUCGCUAAAGACUUACUGAAAAUGGAAAUAGAAAAUGAAAGCGCCCCGCCACUCCGACUGAGACUCAUGGGUGUUCGGAUAUCUGCUUUUGUUAGUUCAGAUGACAAAACACUGACGCAGAAAAGCAUCAUUAGCUUUCUUCAGGCAGGCAAGACAGACUGUAGUCGCUCUUCCCAAAUGAUGCAUCAAAUGCCGGAAGAGGGGAAUAUUUGCGAUCACUCAAUUCAAACCUCACUGCUUGUCACUGACCCACCGGUGCAGAAUGGCGAGAAACAAAACAAGGUUUUCUGGAGGAGUAAGCAGAGACACACAGGUGAGGAAACACAGCAGUCUUUCUUUCAGAGAGCUCAUGCCAAAAGACUACAACUCCAGGCUGCAAAAACAAGUCCACAGGAUGAAGGAUGUGGGGAAGAUGUUCCUUUGAUUACCUCUAACAAUGGCGCAGAGUCACUGAAACAAGCAAACACAAAUGACUGUACAGUUCAAGAUUUUUCAGAAGAUGAAUUGACUUUGCUUGUGCAGCCUCAUGCAUCCACAUCAGGCUGUUGUGCACCCACAGAAGCCCUCACAUGUCCAGUGUGCUUCAGAAAAGUGAAGACAACUGAUCUGAAUGUCUUCAACAGACACAUAGACUCCUGCCUCAGUGAUGUUGCAAGGAAGGAAGACGAAGUCUCAGACGCAGAGUCAGAUCUGGGUCCAGAAAAUGACCACCUAAAAUCUACAGUUGUGCCCAAACAGGAGAGGCAGUGUGACGUUAAAAAGGAGGAGUCAACAAUCAGUGGAGAGUUGGAGUCGUGCGGAGUAUUACCUCAAGAAGGCCAGCAAAGCUUGAAGAACAAUUUGGUUUCAGUGAUUAAAGUUGACAGCAAGCCUAUGGCCCUGCAGCAGGAGUCAUCCCACAGUAAAAGUCCUGUCCUCACUUGCCCCGUUUGUCAGCGGACCCAAGAUACGGACAACCUCGCCGUCUUCAACCACCAUGUCGACCUCUGUCUCAACCAGGAGGUCCUACAUGAACUUAGAGGACAUACAGCAUUUUCUGGAAAACCAUCUGCAGGUAAAAAUAGCUACAACAUAAACAGUGGACAUCCCCUGCCAAGGCAAGCAAGUAAAGGCAAGAGCAAACGUCGAGACACACCUUCCUCUCCUCCAUCUAAAAAAGCCAAAAGUCUCGGACUUUGCAACACCAUCGACAAGUUCUUCAGGUGAAGGUAACCGUGUGGGAAAUUUCAGUCCGCCUUUGGAUGAAGUGAAGAUAUUUCCUGCAGCCAUAAGAGACACACAGCUCUUUCAGUCUCAAGGUUUUAUGUUGAUUGGUUUUCUUCAUGCCAGAACCUGGGCUGCUCCAUGCACAAGGACAAAAAGCGGAGCACUUGCACUGAUUAACGAUUUUUACUUUUAUGCAAAAGUAAACGUGACAAGACGUAGUUUAACUGCAGUAAAGUAAGGAUCUUUAAAUGACCAUGACGUUUGCUACUCAUUGUUUCUCAAUGAAGAUAAUGUUAUAUUGUUUAAAUAUGAUAAAUUAAAGAUUUUAUCUUUAAGUUAUUUUACUCCUGCAGUUUCAAUAAUUCCCUGUUGUAUUUAUCUUUUCUAUAACAUUACACUGUAUUCCUAUCAAUGAACAAUGUAAUUAAUAAAUAUUCAACUUGAAA